AUGGCAGAAUGUGGCAGAAUCAGGUUCAAAAUCAGAUCUGGAGCUGCCACUGGGCUGGAGAGCAGGUGGGCGGGUGGGGGGUGGGACAGGCGGGGCGGAACUUCUAUGGGGCAGGGAUUGGGCCCACUAGGUGACGUCAUAUUUCAACCCAAUGACGAUGAGAGAAACAAGCGGAACGCGUUUUGUGACAAAGAAGACGACAUCGAGAACAUCGACAACAUCGACAACAACAACAACAACGACAACAACGACAACAUCGAUGACGACGACGACGACGGCGACGACGACAACAACUUCUGGUACUGCCAAAACUGGAUAUCGAUAUCGAUACAGGCCCUACGCCGCGUGCAGGUGGGGGCGGUGAAGGUGGUGGAGGCGGUGGAGGCGGUCGUGACAGGGCAGUAUCGUAGUGGAGCUGAUGCUGCUGCUGGUGCCGGUGCUGAUGCUGAUGCUGGAGCUGAUGCUGAUGCUGGAGCUGAUGCUGGAGCUGGAGCCGAUGCUGGAGCUGUUGCUGCUGCUGCUGCUGUUGCUGUUGCUGUUGCUGGAGCUGAUGCUGAUGCUGAUGCAGGAACUGUUGCCGACGCAGGAACUGAUGCCGGACCUUGA